CGGAAAUCGGGGACCCGAUUCAUUUCAUUAAAGGUCUGUCCCCCGCGGGGUGCCUCAGCUCCGGCGAUAUCCCCGCGCAGAGCGCGCGCGAGAGAGACAUGGUGAGCAAGACCAGUCUCUCUCUGCGACUCACCUUCCUCCUCUCGCUCUCUCUCUCCGCCUCAUACUCAACCUGCUCCCACUCCUUCCUCUCUCUCAGAUCCUCUUCGUCGCCUUCCUCAUCGCCCUCGUCUCCAAUCCCCAAAGCCACUCCCUCCGACUUGCUCUCCCUCCUCGGCCCCGCCACCGCCCACUCCUCCUCCUCGGUCAACCCCGUCAUCGCCGGUAGGCUCCGAUCCUGCUUCAGGUUCCUGGUCCCUUUCUCUCCGAGGACGACCUCCAAAUGCUCCUCCGUCAACCGGAAGCUGAUCGUCGGCGAUGGAGUUCAAGGUCGGAGGGCCGAAUGCGAGAGGCGGAGAGACGAGGACCGGCUCAUCUGGUGGCCUCCCGAGCCGGUCCUCGAGCUGGCACGGCUCGCCGUGGACUCCGGCGGCGAUGUCGGAGCUAUCCAUCGCGCCAUCGAUCCCACACCUAUUGCUGUCCCUGAUGUUGAAGGAUCAAAAGAGGACAGAUGCGAGCUCACGAGAGCGCCCUAUGGAAGGCGCUUCAUUAGUGAGGAGCUAAAUGCAUACCUUAAGUUUUUAUUCGAACUCAUCGAAUCCCGUGGUUCUGCUGUUGGGUUGGACGUGACAUUGAGCCGCUAUGAUUUUUUCCACGGUCACCUUUUUCUCGCCAAUGACACUGGGAGGCUUGGUAUAUUGUUUCAUGCUAAGGAGUACCCCUCCUAUGACAAGGAAGUGUUUCCGUACUAUAUGGGUUACUGCCAAACAGGUUCAAACGUAACAUAUGAUGAUUCAAUGAACUUGCGGAACAUUCUUUGGCUUGCUCCGUUACCAAGCAGUUCCACCAAUUCUUGGGUGUCACCAGGAGUCCUUGUGGUGCUGGAUGCUCGCCCAGAUGGAAUUAUAUACCAGGAUCUGAUCCCUGAAUAUGUACAGUUUGCUAGGACUUUAUACGAAGAUGAUUUAGGGGAUGUUGCAGUUGAUGUCAACUAUUUGAAUGUGGGAGGUUUGAAGCCAAAUUAUCAAAUUUUCAUCUGCUAGCAAUCUUCCCAUGGCAGCACACGUUUUGGCAUCCUUCACGGUUGGAGCCGGGAUCCCACCUGAAAUGUGCACCACAUGGGGGAGAACAAAUUGUGCACGCAUCAAGUUGAUCGAAGUCAUAUAUUGACCUAAAUCUCAAUGAGGUUGUAUCGGUUGUUUCUGUUUUGUACUAUGAAACUUUCUUCCCAUGGAGUGCUGCUUUGCAAGAGUUGUUUGAGAGGGAACUGAAGAACUGAACUUGGAGCGCCCGCGUGGAGGCAGAAGAUAUGGGUUGAUCUGAAUUCAGGUCAUAGAUGUGUUCAAGUUGGGUCUGAUACAAGAGUUAUUGCCGGUAUGCUUACUAUGAAGAAUGGGAAACGAAUGGAAGAAG